UGUUUAAUACGGUUGCAAACACGUCACAGUGUUUUUUUCUGAAGCCCUGCCACCGUGUGAGUGGGCCCCAGUUGUUGAGCACAGAGGGAAACUGCAGGGAGUUUGCCAGAAUAGGCAAAUCCAUGAGAUCAAAACAUACAGAUAACGCUAUGGGACUCACAAAACACACAUACCACUGAGAGGGGAAGUAGUUUGCUCAUGCAGCUGACAGGACUGGAGUGUCCACCCCCCCCUUCACACACAAACACAGAGUCUCACAUGUAAUACUUGGUCACACUCGUCAUGCCCAUUAUCUCGGUACCUCUCUCUCUCUCUCUCUCGAAACAGAAACUCACACAGAGACACCGAACAAACACUCUCUGCGACACUUUUCACAUCGACCGUUCAGGCGAAGCAGCGUCGCCUUGGAUUGCUAUCCUCAGCAUGGAAAAGAAAGCUGACGUGAAGGCCAUGAUGGCUCGCUUCCAACCGGGUGGGGCGAAUGUUGAUGAAACUUGUUCCUUACCAGCUGGACGCAUCAGACAACCCCUGCAGCCCACCCUCUCCUCCAUUCCAACCCUACAGACAAAGACACCUGUCUCGGAGAGCCUCUCGGGCAGCGUGGUGAACAUUCCUCAAAAACCCAAUUUUCUGAAAUCUAAAAGUGACUUAGAGGCACAUGAACCAAACACAACUAAAGCCCUGGCUGGCAGGUUUGGAAACAUCCAGGAUGACACCAACACCAAACCUUUUAUUGUGAAUAAACAGCAGCUUCCCAUGAAGCCACCGUUCAGCAAGCCCUCUCUGAGCUCCACUCUGCCCGACUCCAAACCUGGCUUUUCUAAACCAGCGCUUACCUCCAAGCCCAGCUGGUUGAAAGAAGACAGUUGUGGAGGUUUACAAAAGAAGCCGAGCAGCAGCUUUGUAAGAUUGCGGCAGCAAAAUGAAGAGAUGGCAGAACCCGGCACGAACGUUGCAAACAAACCUUCGCCUCUGUCGAACUGCGCUUUUAAGGCCCCGUCCAACAUCAGGACUGCUCAGAAUAACUUCAACAAGGAAUCAGAGAGCGGCGGGAAAACAGACGGAGCCAACAAACCGAUCCUCAAUCCCGCUAACUCCAUCCCCCCUCCAAAACCUCCAGCCAAUAGAAAACCUAGCCUCAGAAAACCUGGAAACCUUUCUCCUCAGACUAGCAGCAACAUUAGUGACGGCGCUUCCAGCCCCAAGAAGAACCCCCUCCCCAACAGUCUAUCUUUGGGCCCUGCUCCUGCCAAGCCCAACCGACCCCCCAGAGUCAACCUGGAGAGCUUUACAAGAGGUGCUGUGGCUUCUGAUGAUGGUCCUGGCGCCUUUAAGAAACCCAUCCACCCAACUCUUUUGGCCUCUCACCCCAGUAACCAUAUUAACCAUGUGACCCCGGCUCAACCCCCUCAGACGGCAGUUCCUAUUCUGCCCUCACGGCACCCUGGAGCCAUGAUCCAGCAAGAUGACUGCUAUGAUGACAUAGAUGAAUUUAACAGCGCUCCUCCACCACUACCACCAUCCACAGGUCACCCAAGUCAGAGGGCAAAGGCCCAGGAGGAAGAGGAGGAGGAUGGCGCUAGUGAAGAGAUGUAUGAGGAUCUUGAUGAACGAUGGGAAGUGGCUGAACAACAACAAGAGAAGAAGAAGGAGAAAGAUGACAAGGAGGAGAAGAAACGACUGGAGGCUGAGAAGAAGGAGCAGAAGGAACGUGAGAAGAAGGAGCAAGAUGCCAGAAAGAAAUUCAAAUUGGUUGGCCCUCUGGAGGCCAUCCACCAAGGGAAGGCUUGUGUGGAUUGCAGAAGCAGCAAGAACGACAUUGGUCUGAAGCAGGGAGACUGUCUUGACAUCAUACGUGUCCAGGGCAACCCGGAGGGAAAGUGGUUGGGACGGACGCUGGAUGGAUCCAUCGGUUAUGUAAAGACCACGGCCGUGGAAAUUGACUUUAACUCUCUGAAGAAUCGUCACCCUCAGCAGGCGUACGCCCCCGAGGUAUACGAUGACAUCGACGUGGUCUCUGCUGAUAAAAGUGGGAUGAAAGGACAGGGAGUUGUCCUGCCCCCGCCGCCAGGAGACGAAGGAGACAUAUAUGAUGAUAUUCUUGAUGUAAACCUGGAAGUCAGUCCCAUGGACUCCAGGUCCUCUUUUGCGAAGCCUCGUAACUUCCUGCGGAUGUUUGAGCGGAGCAGACGUCCUGCCAGCCCUAAAGUAGUGCCUCCACCCAGCCAGUUUACUGCAGAGGGGAAUUCAGAUCAUCUAGGAGAAACAAUAGAUGAGGAGAUAUAUGAUGAUGUUGACUCUCAAAAUCUGCCUCCCCCUCCUCCCAUCAGCAGCCUUCCACUUCUGAAAGGCAAAAGCAAAAUGGACGAGAUGGACCCGAAGAAGCAGAAAAAGUUUGAGAAAGAGGAGAAGGACUUCAGGAAAAAGUUUAAAUAUGAAGGGGAGAUACAGGUGCUGUACCAGGUGACCAUCUCCCCGACACUGACCUGUAAGAAGUGGAGCGCCAAAGAGCUUCCAGUCAAAGCAGGAGAGAAACUUGACGUCAUCGUUAAGGCCGUGGACAACAAACUGAUCUGUCGGACCGAGGAGGGAAAGUUUGGCUAUGUAUCGGCCAGCCACGUUGACAUGAACGAUGGAGAUAUCUACGAUGACAUUGGAGAUGAUUGCAUCUAUGACAACGAUUAGAAACAUCCUGCACUGGGUUUAUUGUUUUACACUGAUAUUGCUCAUGUUAUGUUCAUAAGUUGCUUUCAGUUUGCCUGAUAAUCAGACAGAAUUGUCAUUUUUGUUUUGUUUCCUCAAAGACAACAAAACUAAAGAAUGUAACGGGAUCAUAUUACUUGUGGCAUAUCAGCGAAGUGGAAAACGUUUGUUUGAACACUGUUUGCAUAUCUCUGUUUGCCUUUUGAGCCUCCACAGCACUGUACAUGUAACCUUCUACCAUUAUAUAAUAAUAGCUAUAUGUUGUAAACAUUACUUGAUAUUUUGUCUUCAGUUAAUGUCCAUGAUAUGAUGAUGUGUGUAUACUCCAUUGCUUUCUGUACUCCCAAACUCAAGUUCCUACAUGUGGACUAAACAACUGUUCUAGUGCCAAUGUUCCUCUUGAAUACUGUACAUACACUUGUGAAAAAUAUAAAUUUCGAUUUUUCUCUA